AUGGAAGACUGGAGAAGAAUUGAUAUCGACGCGUUCGACCCAGACAGUGGCAGACUGACUGCUGAAGACUUGAAGCCUCCAUAUGCCAGCUCUGUGAGCUUGCAAGAGCUAGAACCCAAAAUUUCACAACUCCGUUCAGCGGCGACCAGCGGCGACUUUCUAAACGCCCUGCAAAUCUUAACAACUGAUCCUCCAUACAGCGCGGAUGAGACGACGAAAAACCAGUAUUUCCAUGCUGUGCUCGGCGUGUUAACUCAAGUUCGUCAGGCUGAUAUCACCAACCUGGUGAAGCAGCUUUCGCCUAAGCAAACUGACGUACUAGUAAAGUAUUUGUACAAAGGUAUGAGCGUCCCAGAGGGCCAGAAGCAAGGUGGUAUGCUUCUCUCGUGGUUUGAAAAGGUCACGCAGUUGUCGGGCGUCGGCCCCGUUGUGCGCUACUUGUCGGAUAGAAACACCGUUUGA